AGAGAAGUACCUUGAUAAUAAGACGUUCACUAAUUUAUCAUUCAUCAUCCGUGAAGACUGAACAAUCCGUACACUCUUACUCCCUUGACACGCUAUCUGUCACGAUUCCAAUUCUCGGGAAUGCCGAGAAUGCACAAGCUCGACAACAUGUGCAGCAACAGUUCUUGCUCCGAUUUUCACCACCGAACAGCCCGCUCCACCUUAGCAACAGGGCUCACGUCUUGCUCCUGUUGAAUAGGCCUUUAGCCGCUCUCACGGACGCUGAUUAUGCAGUUAGAUUGCGGCCAGACUGGAGCAAGGGACAUUAUAGAAGAGGGAUCGCUUUAUCGGCGCUUGGAAGACACGAAGAAGCGCUCUAUGCUCUCUGCAUUAGCGUGGCCAUUGACAAAAAUCCGCAAAUUGUGCGUCAUGAAUUGACUAAGGUUCUGCACAGAGUACUGUCACCUAAGGUGUAUCGGCAGAGUGUCCUGUCGUCACGCACGCCGUAUAGUUUAACGAAGAGCGCGUCACGCACGAGGAAUCGUCAUCAGCUAAUGAAUUCCAAGCGUAGCCGACGCGUAGCCCUGAACAGGUCCGAUUGCGAGGACAACAGCAGCGGCGAAGAAGAAUUCACACAGACAAUAAACAGAAGAGUUCGGUCUUCCAUUGUGCCGCAAAUUACAAAGAUACAAGCAUGUUUGGAUCGUGUAUAUCAGGAUAUAGAAAAGUUGAAAAGAAUUGAACCGAGACCCGCCGAAAUCCUCUUGCCAACUCUUUCCAGCGGCACCGCUGGAGAAUUGGAUUGUAUCUUAUGUUGCCGCCUACUUUGGAAACCUGUCACGACAUCCUGUGGUCACACCUAUUGUUGGAUGUGCCUGGACCGUUGCCUAGAUUACUCCUCGGCUUGUCCCUUGUGCGUCACGUCUUUGGCUGACGUAAGAGAACUUUUUACAUAAAUGUUAAUUAAUUUUAUAGAAAUGCUUUGAACAGUAUUGUUAUUCUGACGCAGCAAUUUAAAAUUAAA